GCCCUCCCCCAGGAUAAAGACCCUGGUAUUGGCAGCUUCUGCCCCUCCCUCUGGCAGUAUCAAACACACUUAGCACCUGUCUCAGGCAGUGAUGCUUUAUGCUUCUCUCACUGGUACCUCAGGUAGGCCUAGGAGUGAGACCAGGGGCUAACCAAGUUCAGAGCAGGGCUGACAGGAGUGGGAGACAGGUGUGCACCAGCCCCGUUUACCCCAGCUGUGUACCGUUCUCCAGCCUUAAUCUAUGCUUCAGUUGGCACCAGGUCUCCCAGGAUACUUGCUGACAGAGGGCGAUGACUUCGUGGGCACUGAAGCUUUCCCAUGAUGAUUAAUAUUUGUGCUGCAUUAGGGAGAAUACAAGGCGCAAACACAGUCAAAUGGAGUUCAUUCCUAGUUUGUCAGUAUCUAGUAAACUUUGUUGGCCCUAGAUAAACUUGUUGACUCAGAAGAAUUGAGAGCCGCUAUUGGCUAUUUGCUUGCCACUGUCUGUUUUGCAGGCACAAUAUAUAAAGUGUGGGCUCUGACGUAUAAAAUAUUCCCCGGUCAGACCCAAGAGCUGUUGCUACUCGCGACAAUGGAACCGCUGGGAGCAACCACGGUGUUCCUGGUCAUUUGUGUCUCUUGCCUUCUCUUCUUUUCAGUACGGAGGAAGACGUCUGGAAGUGGGAAGCUGCCGCCCGGCCCUGUGGCUUUUCCCCUCAUAGGAAAUGCCCUGCAGCUGAAUUUGAAAAACAUGCCUGACUCAAUACAUAAGAUCAGUGCGAAGUAUGGCCCGGUUUUCACACUAAGCUUUGGCUCGGAGCGGAUUGUGAUACUGUGUGGGCACAAGGCUGUGAAGGAAGCUCUAAUAGAUCAAGGGGAGGAUUUCAGUGGAAGAGGAAAACUGCCACUAGCAGACGUGGUGAUCAAAGGAACAGGCAUUGUUUUCAGCAACGGGGAGCAGUGGAAGCACCUUCGCCGAUUUGCCCUCACCACCCUGAGAAAUUUUGGGAUGGGGAAGAAGAGCAUUGAGAUGCGAAUCCAAGAGGAAGCCCGUUUUCUAGUGGAAAGGCUCAGAAACACGCUCGGGCAGCCCUUUGACCCUACCAUCUGCCUCACGCACACCGUCUCCAAUGUCAUCUGCUCUAUCGUCUUUGGGGAUCGGUUUGACUAUGAAGAUCAGAAAUUUCUGACUUUAAUUAAUCUCCUAGAGGAAAACAAUGAUCUCUUCAGGUCUGUUCUGGUACAGGUGUACAAUUUUUUCCCAACUUUCAUGUCUUACCUUCCGGGCCCUCACAAGAAGAUACUUAAAAAUUCUCAGGAGCUCAUUAGUUUUGUUCGAGAGAUAAUUAAGAUGCACAAGGAGUCUCUGGAUCCCAGCUGCCCUCGGGACUUCAUCGAUGCAUUCCUCAUCAAAAUGGAAGAGGUAU